AAAAAGGGCUUGCGUACCUCGCUCAUCCUUCAUGCCAGCAGGUAUGUCGCCUAAGCGAAUUGAAUCGAACGUCCUGAUUUCUGCCGCAUACUUCUCAAAGGCAGCACGGGGUAUUGGGCCCACUGGGAAGACAAGGAUUGGAAUAUGUGCAAGCGCUGCGAAUGCAUGAGAGUUCAUGGGAUGCCUUGAGCUGUUCGUUAUAAGCUUAAAUCAUCAAGUACGAAAGUCGGACUCUCUUGGCGCUCAGCUGCUCGCAAACGUUGACAAUGAGCUGGCAUGAUUUUUGACUCGGAAACAAACUACGCACUCGUGUUAUUGCUCUAUUCUUUAUAAUUACGCUCGACCUCAGAUUCAAUUUCCAAGUAGGUUUAACGGACUUUGCGAUGGGUGUAAGUGACAAGUCUCUUGGAGGGGUGAUGUUGCUAGUUGCUGGUUUCGUUUUCACGUACUACACGACAUGGGCCAUCUUACUCCCCUUCUUCGAUGCAUCCAGCCCCAUACACAACUAUUUUCCUGCACGCGAAUGGGCAAUACGGCUGCCAGCAUUCGUGCUCGUGCUCGGACUUUCGGGUAUCGGUUUCUUCGUUGGCUCCACCAUCAUGAAGGAGAAUAGAAAGAAAGCACAAAAAGCGAAACUCAGGGCAGCCUGACAGCGAGAGAUCUAGAUACGCAUAUCCACCGCCUCUCCCUUUU